AUGAGUCUUUUGGCCUCCGUGCUCCGGGAUGCUAUUGGAACGCUCCAGUUCCAACAAAAUCAAUCAGGCUCCAAUGCCAAUGGCGACUCUAGAUCCGUCAUGUCACAGAGAUUCUUGCUUCCACAGGCACUUGACUCCGCUGGAGAGGUGAGCUACAAAAUCAGCGUACCCAACUUCGAGAAUCUACCGCCUUUGAAGCUCGGUUCAAAGUUCAUCACUGACUUGAUCAGAAUAGACUCGAUGACGCCGGGCGACACGUACGGCGACGCAUACUUGAACAAGGGCAACAACAACUUGGACAAUUAUUUCUUCGACAAGGAAAACGGCUUGGGUCACUUUUCACGUUUCGAGAAGGUAUCUCAAUUGGAUCUUCCUGACAAGUUCUUCGAAGAGACCAAUUUGACAGAGUGUCUGAUGAACAUGGGCCUCAUGCCUGAAAUAAACAGGUCUUGGAUCGCCGUGGACAACAAGUUGGUGUUCUGGAACUACAAGUUGCCUCAAUCCUCCUUCAACAAGUCAUCUCAGUUUCUCACUAUCGAUCAAAUCCGCCACUCCAUUUUGACAGUGAAACUUGUCAAGUCAAAGCCAGGCGUGUUCGUGAAAGAGGUCAACUACUUGCUUCUAAUCGCUACCACCAUGGAUAUCCACAUCUACGUCGUGAAAUACGAUGAACUGCUCAAUAACUUGGAGGUGUUCAACCCUAAUCUUUCUGUCAACGUUCAAGGACUCAUGAUCAACAAGUUUGCAUUCAACGAACUAACACACGAGAUUUACUUCUCAGGCGAGAGUGAUGGCGUCAAUGUGUGGAAAUUGGAAUACCAUUCAAACGCUUCCUUCAUAAAAAACAGAUGUGACAAGGUUUGUCUCACAAAAAGUGGCUUAUCUUCUGUUCUUCCUAUCGGCAAGAUGAGAGGCUUCGACCUUUUUCACUCCGAGCACGAGCUGCAUAACAAGACUGGUACUCUGGACGGCAAUAAAGCCAGCUCCAUUCCCGAAUCCAUUCUGGAGCUAUCAGUCGACGGCGAGAGAAAGGUAUUGUACACUCUUUCCAACAAGUCGAUUAUAAGAGUCUACAAAUUGACCCCUGAUCAGAAGGAGUUUUCUCAACACAGUCAAUUCACACCUGCUGAAUUCUUCAGAGCGGUCUCCAGCUUGUACUCGAACCAUGCCAACAUCAAGUCAUUCCUGAAAUUCAGAAUUGUCAGCAUUCAGCCCGUUUCGACAAAGGAAUCCAAUAGCGUGUCCCUCAUUGCUACCACGAAUUACGGUUUCCGUAUCCUUUUACGUAUUGGCUCCGCCGGUCAUUAUGCCUCGUUCAUGUCGACUACAUCCAGAUUUGCUUCAAACCUCAAACUCAGCUUGGUUUCCGUGAAAUUCCCACCAUCUGAUGAGGUUACAAAGAUGAAUCCAGAGUUGGACCAGUUCACAAGAAUCAAGCUGUAUGUGGCAACCAUGGUUACCAACCAGCAGAACUCCGAGCUUUUGAAGAACACAAAAUUCUCCAAAAUCAUAAGCCCCGGUGUUUACUUGGCUGUCAAAAGAACAAAAGGGUCAGACAAGUUGUUCGUUAGUUCAACAAACUAUGGUUAUCUCAAGCGUAAUAACAAGCUAGUGGAGGAUGCCGAGUUUCUCAAGGUUGCAUCGCAGGUUGAGUCGAAAGAUGGCUCCCCUAUUUAUAUCCAUGACAUCGUGCAAUUGACCCCUUCCAUGAACGCGACGGAGACUCCUAAUGGCUAUGCCAAUGUUCUUGCGUCUCAAUACACCAAGAAACCUCUCCAGUUCGCGGUGCUCACUAACUAUGGUAUUCUCAUGUAUCAGUACAGAACAUCAGACCAGAUCAUCAGUUCCCUCAAGGACGAAGUGCUCGAAAACUUCAUUGAGGAGAAUGGCUAUGAAGAGACAUGCUCAACAUUGCUUUACUUGUCUUGCUCUCCAGGCUACCUCAAUGGGAAGGAUUUGUUCCAUAGAACGGCUUCCAUGUUGUUCUCGCAUGCUGGUAGCAAUGCCAGACUUUCUGAAAACGCAUCGACUGUCUCUGGCGGGCCAUCACAUCUUCCACUCCAGCCAUCCGAUUCAAAGCGUAUGGUCGAGCAGGUUGUGCUCAGUGAUCGUUUCUACGGUACCUGCCUUUUAAUUUCGAGACUCUUCAGGGACUUUUGGAACAAAAAGGUCUUCACCCCACUCCCACACAUCAAGAUGCUCAAUGAUAGUUCUGUUGAGGUGCUGUCCUUGAAGGAAGGAAACUUGAUCGUCAAGGGUCUUACCAUGUCAAAGAGUCAAGUUGAAUUUUACAUCGGUUCCGUGUUCGUGUUGUUGGAGUUUUUUAACGAGAACCUGAACGAUAUUCCAGGUCUCAAUGCACCAAGCUAUAGCUCAGAUCCCACAAAGAUGGAAAAUGAGGUAUGCAUGAGAGCUGAGCAUAUUGCAUUUACGUCGAUCGUGAGAAGUUUGAACUCGAUGAAGGAGGCCUUGUCCUUCCUCAUGGUACUCAUCGAGGAGACUCAAAGUGACCAGAAGAACUUCAAUGAUAUCUUCCAGUUUUUGUCGCUCACUAAUCAAGUCAAUUUCUUGACCUUGACGUUCAAAGACUUGUUGCUCCCAACACAAGAGGUGAAGGGUCUUAUCAAGGACCUUUUGUCAUCAAUUAUCAACAAAAACAUCCUCAAAGGUGGCUCAAUUGACUCAAUUGCAUCGUCCCUUCAAGGCAGAUGCGGUUCAUUCUGCUCCAGUGACGACGUAUACAUCUUUAAGGCUAUUGAAAACUUGACGAAGGCCAAAAAUAUCGGGAACAGGGAUAGUGAGUUAAAGGUCAAGUGCUUGAACAACGCCAUCAGCUUGUUUGAGCAAGCGGUAGACUCACUUACACUUGAGAACAUCGAGAAUGCACUUAAUAUCAUGCUCACGUUGGAGUUCUACACCGGUGCUGUUCAGUUUGUUUUGAAGCUCGCCAAAAAGUGCUACUCUGUGACCAACACUCAGUCAUCAACAUUGAUAACGAAUGGCGACAACAAGGUUGACAAUUUCAAGAAUCAGCUUGAGAUCAACAACAAGAAGCGGAUGCAGCUUUAUGAUCUUGUUUUCAAGAUCUUGACUCGUCUUGACGUCAAUGCGUUGAAAAUAGAAGAGUCCAACAACCAACUCUUGUUGAGAGAGUUUAUGGACGUGAGAGAUGCAACUUACGAAACUUGUUUUGCCUCUACUGAUCAGAAAUUCCACAAUGAGUUCUAUCAAUGGUUCAUCAACCAGGGUAACAGUCAGAGACUCUUGAGUAUCGAGACCCCUUACAUUCUUCCAUUCUUAGAAGAGGUGUCGCAAAAGGACCUUGGUUUGACGCAACUUCUUUGGCUUUACCAUGCCAGAAGAGAAAACUAUUUCGCUGCUGCUCGGAUCUUGUACUCUUUGGCGAUCUCCGAUUUCAUCAUCCCACUCAAUGAGAGAAUUGAAUACCUCUCCAGAGCCAAUGGCUUCUGCAAUUGCACCUGCCCACCAAAUUUGAGACAAGAGAUGAUUCAUCUCUCCAACUUGGUGCACGAGCUCUUUAAUGUCGCCAACGUGCAGUUGAAUCUCCUCAAGAUGAUUCAAAACGACAAGCGGAUCAAUGGCGAGAACAAGAAGAUCGCCUCGGACGCCUUGAACAACAAAAUCCAAAGCGCCAGUGAUCUUUUCAAUGAGUACGCUGACCCAUUGGGCUACUACGAAAUCUGCUUCGCCAUUUUCAAGGUCUCUGACUACAAAAACCCUGACGAGAUUUUCAAGAGAUGGGAAUUCUUCUUUGAGAAGAUCUUCCACGAGUACAUGACCGAUAAGUCGAACGACGCCCCUCUCUACAAGAUGAUCAGUGACAAGAUCGUUCCCGUUGGUGUCAGUUUGGCACCCAAUGACCUUGUUUUCCCCGUUGACCGGUUGAUCAAGAUGGUGUGCAAAUACAUUCAAAACGCCAUUGAGGAGGACUCUGUGGCACAGACGCCACCUGAGGGAGCCGUUGUCGAGAUGCUUUUGAAGUCACAGAUCUCUUACGAGAAGUUGUACGUUGUGAUCAAGUCGCUUAUCGAGCACAAUGCGUACGAUGUGCACAGCGGGUUCACGCAAUACCUCAAGAAAUCGGAGAUGGUGUAUUUGAUUCGCAAGUGGUACAACAACGACAAAAAGCUCAAGGACGCUGUUGACGGGGAACAGAUUGCCGGCAUGACGGAGUAUCUGGUGGAGAAGGACCCAGUAGACAAGUGGGUGCAGCUACACAAAACGUUCAUCUAG